AAGAAGAAACAAUAUUGGGUGAUGUUGCAGAUUUAAGUAACUUUUUAAGCGACAAAAGAACUAUAUUCCUGUGUAAAUUUCAAAAAGAAAAUCCAAAGAAAAUAAUUACAGUGAAAGUGAAAUCUACUUGUGACCCGUUCAAAUACCUAAACGUGUCGGAGCUUUUCAAUUUCCGUCGGUUUUUGCCUUGUUACCGAUUGUGUUUAUAAAGACAGUAGACAUAAACAUGGCAACGUUAACGUCAGCGGCUGGCAUUAUAUCGCUCCUUGACGAGCCAAUGCCUGAAUUGAAAGUUUUCGCUCUACAAAAACUCGAUUGUAUUGUCGAUGAAUUUUGGCCGGAAAUUUCGGAAUCCAUUGAAAAAAUCGAAAUGCUUCAUGAAGAUCGACAGUUUCCUGAGAGCAAACUAGCAGGAAUUGUUGCAUCGAAGGUGUUUUACCAUUUGGGAUCGUUUGAGGAUGCUCUCACGUACGCGUUGGGGGCCGGCGACUUAUUCAAUGUGAACUCACGGGACGAAUACACGGAAACGAUAAUUGCAAAGUGUAUUGACUUCUACAUCCAGCAGAGAAUUGCUUUGAUUGAGAAUCCAAAAGAUGCGAAACCCGUGGACGCGCGGCUUGAGGCGAUUGUAAACAGAAUGCUCCAGAGGUGCUUGGAUGACGGCCAGUUCCGCCAAGCUUUGGGCAUUGCGCUGGAGACCCGGCGAAUGGACAUCUUUGAGGCUUCGAUCCUCAAAUCGGACGAUGUGAAUGCUAUGCUUGCAUAUGCUUUCAAUGUCACAAUGUCGCUCAUCCAAAAUCGUGCUUUUCGUAAUGAAGUUUUGAGGAGCUUGGUGGGACUCUACCGCGGACUCAGUGUCCCUGACUACGUGAAUAUGUGCCAGUGUUUAAUCUUUCUUGAAGAUCCUCUAGCCGUGGCUGAAGUUCUCGACAAAUUGACAAGGUCGUCUGUGGAGCGCAACAACCUCAUGGCUUACCAAAUUGCCUUUGAUUUGUACGAGUCAGCGACGCAGCAAUUCCUCGCACAAGUAUUGCAGGCGUUGAAAGCAACGGCGCCAAUUCCUGCAGCCCUGCCCAGCACAUUCAAACCACAAGGAACCAACGAGUCAAAGAGUGAUGACGAAAAGGCGAAAGCCGCCGAAACAGAGGACGCAGAAGGCGAUGCCAAAAUUGAACGAUCAAUCGACUCAUUGAACGAUUCGGAGAAAGUCCAUCAGAAGAACAUCGAGAAACUCAUUUCGAUUCUAUCAGGAGAAGUUUCUAUAGACCUGCAACUCCAGUUCUUGAUCAGAAGCAAUCAUGCCGACCUUCAAAUCCUGCGCGCUACGAAAGAAGCUGUUCGUGUUUCCAUUUGCCACACAGCAACAGUCAUAGCCAAUGCGUUCAUGCACAGCGGAACAACGAGCGAUCAAUUUCUACGUGAUAACUUAGAUUGGCUGGCGCGGGCAACGAAUUGGGCGAAGCUGACAGCAACAGCGUCCCUCGGAGUGAUUCAUCGGGGACACGAGUCCGAUUCCUUAGCUUUAAUGCAAAGUUAUUUACCGAAGGAAGCUGGUCCCAGUUCGGGUUACUCGGAAGGCGGCGGCCUGUACGCUUUGGGUCUUAUUCAUGCGAAUCAUGGAGCCAAUAUCAUUGACUAUUUGUUGCAGCAAUUGAAAGACGCUCAGAACGAGAAUGUUCGGCAUGGAGGUUGCUUGGGUUUGGGAUUGGCGGCAAUGGGAACUCACCGACAAGAUCUCUAUGAACAACUGAAAUUUAAUUUAUAUCAGGAUGACGCCGUGACUGGCGAAGCGGCUGGUAUCGCAAUGGGAAUGGUCAUGCUAGGAUCUAAGAACGCGCAAGCUAUCGAGGAUAUGGUUUCGUAUGCUCAGGAAACUCAGCACGAGAAAAUUUUGCGAGGUUUAGCGGUCGGUAUUUCGUUGACUAUGUAUUCACGACUGGAGGAAGCAGAUCCCUUAGUCACAAGCCUAUCAACAGACAAGGAUCCAGUUCUGCGCCGCUCCGGAAUGUAUACAUUGGCAAUGGCAUACGGUGGAACUGGAAGUAACAAAGCUAUUCGAAAACUACUCCAUGUUGCUGUCUCUGAUGUGAACGAUGAUGUUCGACGAGCUGCAGUGACAGCAAUAGGAUUUAUCCUCUUCCGUACACCUGAACAAUGUCCAUCUGUGGUGUCUUUGUUAGCUGAGUCAUACAAUCCACACGUCCGUUACGGUGCUGCAAUGGCGCUGGGUAUUGCAUGUGCUGGGACAGGUCUCCGUGAAGCUAUAUCUCUUCUGGAGCCAAUGGUUAAGUUCGAUCCAGUGAAUUUCGUACGUCAAGGAGCCCUUAUUGCGUCUGCGAUGAUUUUGAUCCAACACACCGAUCAGACUUGCCCGAAGACCACAUUCUUCCGACAACUGUACUCCGAAGUCAUCACAAACAAACACGAAGAUGUUAUGGCCAAAUACGGUGCAAUCCUGGCACAAGGAAUCAUUGAUGCAGGCGGCCGCAACGUUACGUUAAGUCUACAGUCCCGAACUGGUCACACAAACCUUCAAGCCGUCGUGGGGAUGUUAGUGUUCACCCAAUAUUGGUACUGGUUCCCACUGGCUCAUUGUCUUUCUUUGGCAUUCACCCCGACUUGCAUAAUUGGCUUGAACUCAGACCUGAAAAUGCCAAAGAUGGAAUUGAAAUCAGCAGCAAAACCAUCAUUGUAUGCCUAUCCUGCUCCUCUUGAAGAGAAAAAGUCAGAAGAACGUGAAAAAGUCGCCACUGCUGUCCUUUCGAUCGCAGCCCGUCAAAAACGUCGAGAGACAGCCGAUAAGAAGGAGGAGGAGAAAAUGGACGUAGACGAGGAUGUAAAGGAAGCCCUGAGUGACACAAAAGACGAAAAGUCGCCCACAAAGAAGGAAGAAGAAAAGAAAGAGGAUAAAGACUCGAAAGAAUCUAAAGAAUCUAAACCAGCGAAAGAUGACAAAAAGAAAGACGAACCCAAGGACAAAGAAAAGAAAAAAGAUGAAGAUUCAAAGGAAAGCACUGCCUCAUCAUCCACUUCGAAAGACCAGCCGCCCGCACGAAAAGAACCCGAACCAAAUUUCGAAAUUCUUCAGAACCCCGCCCGUGUGAUGCGUCAACAAUUGAAGGUGCUGAGUGUAGCCGAUGGGCAGCACUAUGUGCCGUUGAAGGAUGUCGCAAUCGGAGGUAUUAUCGUGAUGCAUCACGUCGGACAGUCGGAACAGGAACUGGUGGAGCCAGUUGCUGCCUACGGACCGAAAAAUGAAGAUGUGAAAGAACCCGAAGCGCCUGAACCUUUUGAAUAUAUCGAAGAUUAGAAAGUAGGGGGUUAUUGUAAUUCUUAUUUUUUUAAUCGUAUUCAAGGAUGUGAGUUGAGAGUUUCUAUCUCGGAUGGUGAUUGAUUGAUAGAAUCAGGCAUACGAACGAGAUUUCAAGUGCGCAAUGAAAAUCGUUAAUUGGCAUAAUUUAACGACGCUGUCUAGUUAUUUCUAAAUAUUAAAUUCGAUUUUUCCUGUGAA